GACAGCAAAAUGAAUGAAAGCUCUCGUGGUCUCCGAAAAGAACAAAAUGCCCAGAGGGAGCAACAAAAUGAUCGAAGCUCUCGUGCUUGCCGAGGACAUCACAAUGCCCGCAGUGAGCAACAAUAUGACCAAAGCUCUCGUGGACUCUCAAGAGAACACAAUGCCCAGAGGGAGCAACAUUAUGAUCAAAGCGCUCAUGCAUUCCCACCAGAACAGCCUGGCCGGAGGGAGCAACAUUAUGAUCAAAGCUCUCGUGCUUGCCGAGGACAUCACAAUGCCCGCAUUGAGCAACAAUAUGAUCAAAGCUCUCGUGGACUCUCAAGAGAACACAAUGCCCAGAGGGAGCAACAUUAUGAUCAAAGCGCUCAUGCAUUCCCACCAGAACAGCCUGGCCGGAGGGAGCAACAUUAUGAUCAAAGCUCUCGUGCUUGCCGAGGACAUCACAAUGCCCGCAUUGAGCAACAAUAUGAUCAAAGUAUGGCUGAGAUGGAAGCAUUCUACAAAAAGCAACUUAAAAAGGCAAGAUCUGACCUGAAACAAACUGAGGAAGAAUUCCAAUCGUUCAAGGACAGAGUGGCAGGGGAAAUAUCUCUUUCCAUGAAGACAGGAGACUCAGAGGUCAUGAACAGCCCAGUUAAUAAAGCACGACUGAAAGAGAUGUACGACCAGCUCAAAUACAGAGAGUGGUGUAAAAUCAGAGAUCAUUUGAAAUCAAAUGGUGUCAAGAAAGAGUUUGUCACAGAUUUGAUUAAGAACACAUUUGAGGAUGCAAGAGUGAAAAUGGAGGAGAAGAAGAAGAACAUAGACAAAGUGUUUGAAGUGAAAAAGCCCAGCAGAGGAUCGACACCUCAGAAGGUGGCAGAGUUCAAACAAUUAACAGUUCAAAAUCUUCAGAUGUCUGUGUUUCUUUGUGCAAAAGAAGAUCUUCUAAAGACUCCAUUCCCGGAUCACCAGUGUGAAAACCCCCCUUGUGCAACAGUGGUGACUCUCAGAGAUCUGGAGGCUGAAUGCUACCGGUUGGGCUGUUUGAUGGCUUUAAGCUGUCCUCCUCUUCAGCCAGACUGGGAGAAACACGUUCCUGGACCAGACGCUUGGGAUAUUUUCCCAUCUGACCUCAAAAAUAUUAAUGACUUAGAAACAGAAGAAACAGAGGCUAUGGAGCAAUAAAGUAAAGAAUCUGCUUGGUUUUGAUGAAGACCAAGUUGAAAAGAUGUUUUUCUUUGUUGUGAAUCAUGAAUUUUCAUAUGAAUCAAAACCUGCAUUGUGCUGCAUUGUAUUAAACUGACCACUUACCAGCAUCCACCUUCAUGUAAUCAGACAUGCUAUAUCUAUUAUGAAGUAAAGUUUUAGAUUAUCAUUAAGAAUGAGGAUGAUUUGGGUUUCAUCAGCUUGCUAUCACAUUCAAAGCUUAUGUUUUAUAUCUAAUAAAAGUUGAUCAAUGACUGACGAUUUGGAAAUAAAAUAUUAA